AACUUCUAGCUUUUGUGUUAUCUCAGCAUGCAGACAUCAGAUCAUCAUAAAGAGGGAUAUAUUGACACGACAAAAAAUCUAGCCAACAUGCGUAUAACUUGUUCCCAGAUCACACCCAUGGAGUUGGAGCAUGUGAUCCAGGAGCACCCGGAGGUGCUAGACGUAUGCGUGGUCGGAGUGCCGCACCCUGAAGACAACAAACAUGCUGUCGCGUGCGUCAUGCGACGGCCCGGCUCGACACUCACAGAACAAGCCGUCAAGGACAUCAUUUCUAGUAAACUAUCCGCCUACAAACAAGUAAGCAGCGUCAUUUUCGUCGACAACUUCCCUAGAACAAUAUCCGGCAAAAUCGCCCGGGGAAAAGUCCUCGAGUACGCCUUAGAAGUCCAUAAAUUGGGAACAUCCGAAUGGCCCAGCUCCGGCAACACGAAGAAGUUAAUCAGUGCCUUCCAGCAGCUCAGCACAACGAGUAACACCAGAUAUUUGUCAAGAGGGCGACACUGAUGGACCACUGAGUGUGGAGGAACGAAAAAAUCAUGUUAGAUAUAUUA